AUGGAGUCCCCGCAGGAAAGUGAGACCCCCGCCGGUGCUUUAAAGGAGGUUGAAGGACCCGACCACGGAGAGGAGAUGAAAGCCUCUAAGGAAGCUAUCACAUUCGUGUCCAGCAUUGUGCCCGCGGAGCUGCAGAAGUGUGUGUUCCCGGACUCUCUGGUGAGUGUGUCAGAGGGCGGCCGACACCUGGGCAAGUUCAGUAUGACGGUGGAGUGGGGCCGCAGAGGCCUGCAGCCCUGUGUGCUGCUGCAUGCUCAGAGCCACGGAGCCAUCGAUGACUCCCCCUGUGGAACAACAGUGACAGCCUACCUGACCACAGACCUGGAGGUGCUGGAGGAAGAUUACCACGAGUAUGUCAAGCUUAAGGGCCACAGUUUGGACAAGAGGUGUCACAUGGUGCAGCGUGACGGGCAGAUGGUGAUCGAUAAAGUUACCACUGUAGGAGAGGAUGUGACAAAGGAGAGUGCUUCUUAUCCCAUGUCUGUCCUAAGAGGGCUGGUAACUGAGGGCUCCAACCUGCUGCUGAUGCGCCUGAUCGCUCUCAGGAAGGAGGUGCCAGAACACAUGACCUUCAUCGCCCUCGACCAGGGAUUGCACAUCACCCACACCACGUUUAGUGAGCUGGGUCUGAAGCAGCUGGAGAUCGGGGGUGAGACUGUGGAGGUAUUUGGGGUGGAGAGAGUUGUUCCCUCUGUGGAGGACAGCCCCACUACCUGGCACUGCUACUUCCUGGCUGAUGGACACUUGGCCAGCAGAAUGCAGACAGGAUCACCGGUCACCAUGAGACUUCUGCAGCUGCCAUCACAGCUAGAAACAGGUUUUGAGAAGAUCCCUCUGGUUUGGCAAGAAGACAUGCAGAUGCGCUCCAAGUUUUUGGACAGAAAGGAGGAGCUGAAGGCGGGCCAUGCCUCCUACCUGAGACAGCAUCCAGAGAUCCGUGCCCUCAUAUCUGACUUCUUGCAGUUCUUGUUGCUAAGGAAACCAGAUGAUGUCUUCCAGUUUGCCAGAGAGUACUUCCUCCCUUUUGCCUCCCGCCGUCCUCCAGAGCCAAGCCCAAAAGCCCCCUCACUCUGAAAGCACGCAUGCUCAAAGUAGCCUUUUUACAACUUUCUGUUGUUUUUCACCAGUUUAAUUGGAAAUUAAAUCUUUCUUUCUGUGUGACAGAUGAAUAGUAGUAUAAAAGGAAACAUGGUGGAGAUGCACAAUACCUUUCUGACUUGAGACUUCACCUGAGCUGUGUGAGCUUGUUAAAAAAAAAAACAACAACUUAAGUGUAAGGAAUAAAGAAGC